CACCCCUCAUCGCGCGCAGACCGAAUCCCAUCUCACAUGCGCAACGACUGCUUCAUCACCAUCAUGCGCGACAAUGUUAGCGAUAAUGAAGCCACUUAGCGACACCCCUACAAGGCGACGACAGUGCUUCGACCCCGCAGCAUGGAGCGCCUUGCUCAACGAGAGCUACGCGGAUUAGUCGAUCGGUUUGUUCGACAAUGGCACACUAAAGCCGUGGAUCUCCUCGUGAGGUGCUGUGAGGACGACGCAAUCCUGCGUGAGAUCACGACGGACCUCGCUGUCCAACAGCAGGAGCCCUCGCCGCAAGAUACCUACAGCCCUUCCAGUGGGCUCAAUCUCACCAUUGGACGACUUGGACAGUCCCGACCAUCAUCCUCUCGCGAAUCCAGCGCCUCUUUAUCCCCUCCUCCGCGCCACACACCGCGACGUCGCGCUUCGUCAAAUGCAAGACCGUUUGCACCUCUCAGCCCUCCCAGUACGAGAACAGCAUCAUCCGUGAUAUCGCAUACUCCUAAAGACGAAGGCGGUUCUGGAGAGUACAUAGUCCUUAUCGUCAUUACUGAAAGGAGCGUCGAAGAGAGGGCUGCCAAAAUGAGAAACGCGCCAAUCAAGCAUAGUGUGAUGCGGGAAGAAGUCGCCCGUAGACACAACAUCGCCACCAGCACAGCGGAAGAAUAUACUGUUUCCGUUCCGCAUAAUGCAGCCCCGCAUGCUCAUAUCCAAGUGCUAGUGUCGGAAUGCGUUACUUUGCAAUGGCGCCGGCCGCAAUCCAAUACGACGCACAACACCACAUUCUACAUCGUACCUAAAAACGUCCUCGAUAUAGACAUCCUUCUAGGCUACGAAGACUCUGGUGAGGACGCGCCAGUGUAUUCACCGCCCAUGCAUCCACCGCCCACCACUCCACACCUACAGCACGGGCGGGGCUGCGGCUUCGAAGAGUACGAUCCAAACAAGCACCCGACCGCACCAACACCACCACUCGCGCGUUCCUUUCACCGCUCGAGCCUGGCAUAUGAAUGUUCCCGCCCCACAACCCCCAUGCAACAACAACAUCUAGUGCAUCAAUUCGUUGAGAAUCUGGCAAACCGUCACCAUCCAUCUGCGCACGCGCAUGGCGCAGCCGUGGAAACGUCCCGGCUCUCGCAGCAUUCUCCUGCAGGUAUCGCACCUGGGUCUCCUACGUCACACAUUGAACACCCACAGCCAAUCCGUCCUUCUGUGGCCACUUCCGCUUCGGGCCGAAAUGUCGACCAGAACAUCGUCACCAAUAAAGUCAGGCUGAACCUGGAGUGGGAUGCGUUGCGUUUUAAUUUAUGGCUUGAUUUGUGUGCGCCCGGUGAGGUUUUCUUCGAGGCUUUUCAACAGGUGGUGCAGAAGCAGAAGGGCGCCUCGUUUGACCGGAGUAUGGUAACGAUAUAUUUGAAGAAAAAUAGACACACGCCGAAUGACGAAGUCUACGUGGUCUCCCUCGGCAAGGAUGACUUGAGGGCGGAUUGGGAGACGACUGUGGAGUGGCUGGAGGAGAACAAGUCGGGCGACCCGCCGCGUGUCCAUGGAAGGGUUGAAAGUGGGGAGGGGUGAGAUCCCGUUGGAUGCAGCAAGUUCUUUUGACUGCAUGAAUCCGUUCUAUCACCUCAAUAUUCUUUCAGUACUUGUGGGGACAGGCUCAAAGAGAGCAAUAAGUUUUUCAGCCUUGGACGAAUCCCUCUGACUGCACGGAACCCGCCCACCCAGCUUGAGACUGCCAUCAUUCUCUCUGGAGCGCGCGGUCUCACGAACCUAUCCGUAUGUAUCCCCGCAAGUAUACCCCUGGGGGCAUUCUUGCGCAAUGCUGACUGGUCCGAGCGGUCUUAGGGGCAUAUUUGCUCGACGGGGGCCAUACUUGGGCGACUCUCUACUACCCAUACACGCGCGCAUAUAUGCAAUAGAACCCUUCUAGAGAGUUCAGCAUAGUGCCUCGAAGGGAG